UACCGCGUCAUGCUAUCAAAGAGAGCUGACAUAUCAUUCGGUAUCUGUAUUUAUUGUGCUUUUUAAUUUGAAUGAUAUUGCUCACCAAUCAGCCUUUUUUAAGCUGUCAACUUUAGCUCCCUCCUGCAGUAGGUAGCCAACACACGCUAUGUGGCUCAUGGACGCUGCUUCAUGGAGCGGCCGCUUGUAGUCGUUGUUGUAGACUUCCACAUCCAUGCCGACUUCUUUUAUUAGAAACUCUAAAAUGUCCAGGUGGCCAUGUCUGGCGGCGUAAUGAAGAAGGGUGUCUGCGGACCGCCCGAAGUGCUUGCUUCUGACAGCUUGAAAAGUCGACGGGCUACAUGACGUUAUGUGUUUUAGCAGAUGGCUAAAAUGUCCGUCUUGGGUGAGUUUCACCAGCGGUUUUAGACUGUCUUCGUCCAUGGUGGAUGUCAUUCUAAAAAGACGCCCUAAUUAUCCCAUAGCGAGGGUCGUCUACCAAAGCACGAUUUGUGUUCCACAACAGUCGUCUUUGCAGAGAAUCAACUGUUGGCCAACCAUGAACUUACACAGUGACUGUUAAAGCCUGCAUUAAUAAUAUCUAUUUUACAUUUAAUUAUAGUACGCACAUAUCUACAGACAUAAAAUGUCCACACACAUGCCAUUCAUUAAAGAGGACCAGAGAUAAACCCAUUGUUGUCAUGUCAACUCCUCAGUAGCACGUAGCUAUUGGUUGUCCUAAAAGUCACCGGAAGUGACUGGACUAUGUCAUCUUCAAGCGCCGUGUGUAGUUCUAAUACUGUUUUAUACAGAGAAAGUAUUGCGGGAGAGACAAAAAUAAUUUCCAAAUGUAUUUACGCUUACAAAUUUUUCUGUUGUUAGGGUCAACUUUAAGUGACUUUUCCUGACAUCAUCAGGGUUAGUUAGGACAGUCAUGCACAUUUUUUUCACAUUUUAAUUAGUUAAGCCUCCAAAUUAUAAGAGGCACAGGUAGUCUGCCAUUUUGUUUUGUAGGUGGUGUUUUGGAGAAAUUUGGAUAAUUUCCAGUUUUACUUUGUUUUGGGUAAUGCACUGAUUAAAAUGUUUGUAAAAAUCUGUUUUAUAUGCCGAGGGCUAAUAAAAAAAAAAUAAAGAGCUGCAGGCCACAAAUGUCUCCAGGGCCAUACUUUGGACACCACCUGCCUUUAGGACGCUUCCUGGUUGCGCAACCAGCCUUUGGAAGUAGUAGUAGUUUUCAAGGCAAAAGUACACUGAAGAAGACUGCAUUGUUUUCUCAUUUCACUCAAAGCUUUGUUUGCCGCAUAAUGCACGUGGCUAAACACAUAGGAGAUUUUUGCUUAUUUAAUUACAUUUAAAUUUAACAAAAUGCAGCAGAAAAUAAUAAUUAUCACACUUUAUUAAAUAAGUUAAACAGCCAAAUGGGAGCGAAUGACCACAGUCUUGGCAAAUAUAAUAACACGACUCCCACUGGGAGAGGAGAGUGAGGGGGGGCGACUAGUCUCAUUCUCCAACAUGGACCCUGAACACCAGGACUGAGAGUCACCGUCCUCCCUUCUUCCAGAUCUUCCCGCAAACAAGCAUGAACUAUGGGUCUUCUGAGAAAAAUUAAUCGGCUCCUCCUGGUGCUACUGGUGCUGAUGCUGUGUCUCCUCCUGCACAGCACACUAUUCAGAAGCCCCAGUCGACGCAGACCUGCCGGUCACUGGAAGAAUCUUGGUGGUGCAGCUCCGGAGAUGGAUGAUGUCAUCCCCAUUGUCAUCUGUGCAUCAGAGGAGCGCGUGGGUGCGACCAUGGCGACCAUCAACAGCGUUCGCAGCAACACGGAUCACCCUGUCUUCUUUUAUAUUGUCACGCUACGUGACGCUGUUGCCUUGACCAGACGUUACAUACAGGAAACGCAACUGAAAGGCAUCAAAUAUAAGAUUUUGGAGUUUAAUCCUAUGGUUUUAAAAGGGAAAGUGAAGCCUGACUCAUCCAGACCGGAUCUGCUACAUCCACUUAAUUUUGUGCGCUUUUACCUCCCGCUGCUUGAGCUUAACCAUAAGAGGGUCAUAUACUUAGAUGAUGAUGUCAUCGUGCAGGGUGACAUUAGGCAUCUAUUCAGUGUCAGACUGAAGCCAGAACACGCCGCCGCUUUCGCCACUGACUGCGACCUGCCCUCCACUCAUGAGAUGGUGCGCAGUAUUGGCAUGCAGACAACCUAUAUGGGCUUCCUGGACUACAGGAAGCAGGAAGUGAAAGACCUCGGCAUCAACCCAAAUGACUGCUCAUUCAACCCCGGUGUGUUUGUGGCCGAUUUAAGUGAGUGGAAAGAACAGAAGAUCACCAAACAACUGGAGAAAUGGAUGGAGGGCAAUUUUAGGCUGAACAUCUACAGCAGUGCUAUGGCAGGGGGUGUGGCCACUCCGCCUAUGCUGAUAGUUUUUCAUGACAAAUACACGAUGCUGGACCCACUGUGGCAUGUCAGAUACCUUGGUUGGAGUCCAGAUGCUCGCUAUCCGGAGAGCUUCCUGCAGGAGGCACACCUUCUGCAUUGGAAUGGCCCAUUCAAACCAUGGAGGUACCCUGCUGUUCACGUGGAUAGAUGGGAGAAAUGGUUCCUCCCAGAUCCCUCUGGGGAGUUUUCCUUAAUAAGACCAGACAGCAAUUAUUGAUUGGGCCUGUGGAACGUACCACAUUGGCCCCACAGGGUUGGAUGAUGUAAAGGACUCACCUGUGAAGUGAAAUCACCAGUGAGUUCAUGUGUGCACGAA